UGCCACUUGGUUCCAUGGAUACCAGCCUGAUAAACUGUGUUUUCCCCUGCUAAAAAGCUACAAUGAAGGAUAAAAGAAGGUCGACGUGCCGGCAGAAGGAGAGUUGACCUGUUUUUCUGCAUGUUUUGUGGAGUUUUACACCAUGGAUCUUGUAAUGUGUUGGUUAUUAUGGGUUCACCUUCUUCUCUGCGCUCCUCUCAUGGGAUGUUUCGACUUGCACCUCUCGGAGACUUUACGUUCUGGAGCUGUUUUGACCAAUUUGUCACUGGGACCAGGUUGGACGUACAAAAUAGACAGGACUUUAACUUCCAAGUACAUUGGGAACUUUAUUAAAGUGGACUGGAGAGAUGGAGUAGUGCGUUUAAAAGGAGAGGUGGAUUGCGCGCGUGCUCCUCACAGCGCGCUGCCUCUUUAUUUUAAAAUCCAAUCAUUAACAACCGAAGGACUAGUUAACGCACAUUUCAAAGUGUUUGUGCACGGACGAAAUUGCGUGUUCAAAUAUAAAAGGAAGAGAGUGACUAAGCCUGAUAUCAGCGUGGAUUGCAUUUAUAAUUUAGGACUAACUUCCUGCUUUUCUCCGGGUGAUUUACUCCUUAGUUUUAAGGACUAUUUGCCUGUCUUCACAAGAAACUCUGGUGUUUUUAUUACUUCUUGCACCUCAGACCACCUGAAUGUGUUUGUGCGUAACGGGACUUUACUCGUGAAGGACGCGUACUGUUCGGAGACGGACUUGAGACGCCUUAAAGAGACUAUCCGCUGCGCGUUCCACGAUUCAAAUGGUGAGCUCCUUUCUAUGUGCCUCAAAUUGCGAUUCGCCUCAGUCCAAACAUCAUUAUUACAUUCUGCGCAACACGUAUCAAAUCAGUGGAAACCGAGACUAAAGCGAGCCGUGAAUUCAGCGCCUCUUUUUCAGUUACCAAACUACCAGGUUUCUGUGCCAGAGAAUGAGCCUGCGGGUACGCGGGUCAUCACCCUCAAAGCGACUGACAGCGACCCUGGAGAGGCGGGGAAGAUCGAGUAUGGCAUGGAAGCGUUAUUCGACAGCCGUUCGAACGACUUCUUUCGGAUAGACCCUCAAACCGGCAGCAUUGAGACUGUCCAGCCCUUAGACAGAGAAGUUAAAGACACGCACGUUUUUAAAGUCACAGCAACUGAUAAUGGCGCACCGCGACGCACUACCACGUCUUACCUUACUGUUACAGUCAGUGACACCAACGACCACGGGCCCGUUUUUGAACAGAAUGAAUACAGGGUAAGGAUACGAGAAAAUGUGGAAGUUGGUUUUGAGGUGAUUACAGUCCGGGCGACAGAUGGAGAUGCACCAUCCAAUGCAAACAUGAUAUAUAGGAUUGUGAAUGGCGAGGGUGUUAAUUCUGGGUUCGAAAUUGAUUCUCGGAACGGACUGGUCAAGAUUCGUGUGCGUCCAGAUAGAGAAACUAUGGCGCAGUAUCAGCUGAUUGUAGAGGCCAAUGACCAAGGAAGGGACCCUGGGCCCCGCAGUGCUACCACGACAGUGCACAUCACAGUUGAAGAUGAAAACGACAAUUAUCCUCAGUUCAGUGAGAAAAGAUAUGUAGUUCAGGUGCCAGAAAAUGUGUCCGUUAACACUAAAGUGGCACAGGUAGAAGCCACUGACCGAGACGAGGGCAAUAACGCUAAGGUCCAUUACAGCAUAAUCAGCGGCAAUGUAAAAGGUCAGUUCUUCAUUCACACCCCAACCGGAGCCAUUGAUGUCAUAAACCCUCUAGACUACGAAAUGAUCCGAGAAUAUAACUUGCGCAUAAAGGCCCAGGAUGGAGGCAGGCCUCCUCUCAUUAACGGAACAGGCAUUGUUGUCAUCCAAGUUGUGGAUGUGAACGACAAUGCUCCUAUGUUUGUAAGCACUCCUUUCCAAGCCACCGUUUUAGAGAACGUACCUAUUGGAUAUUCCGUGAUUCACAUUCAGGCCAUUGAUUCUGAUUCUGGAGAAAAUGCUCGUUUGGAUUACAGCCUCACAGACACCACUCCAGGCUUUCCCUUCACCAUCAAUAACAGCACUGGAUGGAUAACAGUCAGUACUGAGCUGGACAGGGAAACCACUGAGUAUUACACCUUUGGAGUAGAAGCCAGAGACAACGGUGUUCCGGUAAUGUCGUCCUCAGCUAGCGUUAGCAUCACCGUCCUAGAUGUGAAUGACAACAUCCCUACGUUCACCGAAAAGCUAUACUCGCUAAAAAUCAACGAAGAUGCUGUUGUAGGGACCAGUGUAUUAACUGUUACAGCUCUGGACCGUGAUGUAAACAGUGUGGUCACCUAUCAGAUCUCCAGUGGUAAUACGCGGAACCGCUUUGCCAUCACUAGUCAAAGCGGAGGUGGACUCAUCACGCUGGCACUGCCGUUAGAUUACAAACAGGAACGCCAGUACGUUCUGACUAUCACCGCCUCGGAUGGUACACGCUUCGACACCUCGCAGGUGUUCAUCAAUGUAACUGAUGCUAACACUCACAGACCCGUGUUCCAGAGCGCCAGCUACCAUCAGACCUUCAGCGAAGACCGACCCAUUGGAUCAACUGUUGUGGUAAUCAGUGCCACAGAUGAAGAUACAGGUGAGAAUGCACGUAUUACCUAUAUCAUGGAGGACAAUGUUCCACAGUUCAAGAUUGAUCCGGACACAGGUGCCAUCACCACGCAGAUGGAGAUAGACUACGAAGAUCAAGCCUCCUACACGUUGGCCAUCAUUGCUCGUGACAAUGGAAUCCCUCAGAAGUCCGACACCACCUAUGUGGAAAUCAUUGUCCUGGAUGCCAAUGAUAAUACGCCACAGUUUGGGAGGGACAAAUAUCAGGGCACCGUGUUUGAAGACGCACCUGUGUUCACAAGUGUGCUCCAGAUAUCUGCUUCAGACAGGGACUCAGGGUCUAAUGGGCGUGUGAGCUACACCUUUCAAGGUGGCGAUGACGGGGAAGGAGACUUCAUGAUUGAGCAAUACUCUGGAAUUAUAAGAACACAAAGGAAGCUGGACAGAGAGAACGUUCCAGUGUAUAACCUGAAGGCCUAUGCAGUAGACAGAGGAGUUCCUCCUCUCAAAGCAGCAGUGGAGGUCCAGAUUUCUGUGUUGGACAUCAAUGACAAUGCUCCUGUUUUUGAAAAGGAUGAACUGUUUAUCUACAUCAAAGAAAACAGUCCUGUUGAUUCAGUGGUUGCCCGGAUCAACGCCAUGGAUCCAGAUGAAGGAACCAACGCUCAGAUAUUGUACCAGAUUGUGGAAGGAAAUAUCCCGGAGGUCUUUGAUUUGGAUAUAUUCACUGGAGACUUAAAAGCACUCGUGGAUUUGGACUACGAGACCAAAAUGGAGUAUGUCAUAGUCGUACAGGCCACGUCCGCACCUUUGGUCAGCAGAGCAACCGUCCACAUUCGUCUGAUUGAUGUCAACGACAACGAUCCUGUCCUGCAGAAUUUUGAGAUUAUCUUCAAUAACUACGUCACCAACAAAUCCAACAGUUUUCCGUCUGGGAUUAUAGGAAAGGUACCUGCCUAUGACCCAGAUGUGUCAGAUAAGCUCAAGUAUAGUUUCAUUGAAGGGAAUGAGCUAAGUUUGCUGAUUCUUAACCCAAAUACCGGAGAGCUCAAACUCAGCAAAGAUCUGGAUAACAACAGACCUCUGGAGGCCACCAUGAAAGUUUCUGUCACAGAUGGUAUCCACCAAGUGACGGCCUUCUGUACUCUCCGUGUGACCAUCAUCACUGAUGAGAUGCUAACGAACAGCAUCACUGUCCGUCUGGAGAACAUGUCCCAGGAACGCUUCCUAUCACCGCUACUCUCUCUGUUUGCUGAAGGUGUGGCUGCGGUCCUCUCAACUAGUCGAGAAGGAGUUUUCAUCUUCAACGUCCAGAAUGACACAGAUGUCAGUGGCAACAUCCUCAAUGUCACCCUCUCAGCCUCGCUUCCUGGAGGAGCUCCUGAUCGCUACUUCCCUUCGGAAGAACUUCAGGAGCAAAUCUACCUGAACCGAACUCUGUUGCAGAAAAUCUCCAGCCAAAGUGUCCUUCCAUUUGAUGACAACAUCUGCUUGCGGGAACCUUGCGAGAACUACAUGAAAUGCGUCUCUGUAUUAAAGUUUGAUAGCUCUCCACCUUUCAUAGCCUCUGAUACUGUUCUCUUCAGACCAAUCCAUCCAAUUAACGGCCUGCGCUGUCGUUGUCCGGCCGGCUUUACCGGCGACUACUGUGAGACUGAAAUUGACCUGUGCUACUCAGGUCCAUGCCGCAACAACGGCCGCUGCCGCAGUCGAGAAGGAGGGCUUUCGCACCGGAGGAACUUUUUCAUAGUUCCUAGAACUAUUGGCAAAAAAUCCUGUGCAGGUGAGAACUGUGAAAUAGAUGCCCACUCUGGUCGCUGUGUCCCCGGGGUAUGUAAAAAUGGAGGUGAGUGUGUCAACCUGCUAGUGGGCGGCUUUACAUGCAACUGCCCCUCUGGAGAGUAUGAGAAGCCUUUCUGUGAGAUGACGACACGCAGCUUUCCCGGACAGUCCUUCAUUACCUUCCGAGGCCUGAGACAGAGAUUCCACUUCACUGUCUCCUUCAUGUUUGCCACAAGAGAGAGAAACGCCCUUCUUCUCUACAACGGUCGUUUUAACGAGAAACACGACUUCAUAGCUGUGGAGAUCAUUGAGGAACAGAUUCAACUCACCUUCUCAGCAGGUGAGGCUAAAACAACUGUCGCACCUUUUGUACCAGGUGGAGUUAGCGAUGGCCAGUGGCAUUCGGUUCAACUUCACUACUACAACAAGCCUAAGAUAAGUCACUUGGGUUUGCCUCAAGGACCGUCGGGUGAGAAGGUGGCAGUAGUCGCGGUGGACGACUGUGACAUUGCCAUGGCCGUGCGUUUCAGCAGUCAGAUCAGCAACUAUUCCUGCGCUGCCCAGGGCACCCAGACGGGACAGAAGAAGUCUUUGGAUCUCACUGGGCCUCUUCUGCUUGGCGGGGUGCCCAACCUUCCAGAGGAUUUCCCCAUACGGAACCGGGACUUUGUGGGUUGCAUGAGGAACCUGAUGAUUGACAGUAGAUCCAUCGACAUGGCCAGUUACAUCGCCAACAACGGCACCACUGAAGGCUGUCCAGCGAAAAAGAGCUUCUGCUAUGAGGGUUUGUGUCAGCACGGCGCUCAGUGUGAAAAUAAGUGGAACACCUACUUUUGUGACUGUCCUGAAGGCCGGGGUGGCAAGAACUGCGAUCAGGUCAUGCCUUCGCCGCAGCACUUUGAUGGUCGUGCCAUUGUGUCAUGGAACGACCCUGAUAUCACCAUCGCUGUGCCCUGGUACAUCAGCCUAAUGUUUCGUACCAGACAAAGCAUUGGAUCCACAACCCUAAUGCAAGUCAACGCUGGCGACACAUCUCAAGUUAACCUUCUGAUAAGGGACAAGUAUGUGCGGUUUCAAGUACUGCUGGGAGAGCAGAAAGUGGCCACGCUGGAUUUCCCAGAAGUCCGAGUGAAUGACGGGGAAUGGCAUCACCUCCUUGUGGAGCUGAGGAGCAGCAAAGAUGGGAAGGACACAAAGUACAUGGCGAAUGUGUACCUGGACUACGACAUGUUCAUGAAGUCAGCAGAGAUCGGAAACGAGCUGCCUGGACUCAAGCUGAGGAGUCUGUUCAUUGGUGGACUUCUGGGACAGAGUAACAGUGUCAAGCAGGGUUUUAAGGGAUGCGUGCAGGGUGUCAGGAUGGGGGAGACUGCCACCAACACGGCUAACAUCAACAUGCAGCAGGCAUUAAAGAUCCACGUGGAAGAAGGCUGUGAUAUGGCCAACCCCUGCGACUCCAACAUCUGCCCAGACAACAGCCAGUGCACAGAUGACUGGAAUGCACACACCUGCGUCUGUGACCCUGGUUUCUUUGGCAAAGACUGUGUUGAUGCAUGUCAUCUGAACCCCUGUGAGCAUUUGUCCACGUGUGUCCGUAAGCCGAGCUCCUCUCACGGUUACACAUGCGAGUGCAGUCAGGACUACUAUGGGCAGUACUGUGAGAACAAGGUGGAAAAACCAUGUCCUCGGGGUUGGUGGGGCAGCCCCAUGUGUGGCCCUUGCAACUGUGAUGUCAGCAAAGGCUUCAACCCCGAUUGCAAUAAGACUACUGGAGAAUGCCACUGCAAGGACAACUACUAUCGACCGAAAGAUAGCGACAGCUGUUUCCCCUGUGACUGCUUCCAUUUGGGCGCAAAUUCUCGCACAUGUGACCCAGAGACGGGUCAGUGCCCCUGCAAGGCGGGUGUGAUUGGGCGACAGUGUAAUCGUUGUGACAACCCCUUCUCUGAAGUGACCAGCACGGGUUGUGAGGUUGUGUAUGAGGGCUGCCCAAAAGCCUUUGACGCUGGAAUCUGGUGGCCCAGGACCAAUUUUGGACGCCCAGUUGCCAUGAAUUGUCCCAAGGGAUCUAUUGGCACUGCUGUCAGACACUGCAGCGAUGAGAAAGGCUGGCUGCCCCCUGAACUUUUCAACUGUACCACCAUUACAUUCUCCCACCUCAAGAAACUGAAUGAGGAGUUGCAUCGUAAUGAAUCCACAAUGGAUGGGCAGAAAUCAAAGGACAUCGCUCGAAUGUUACAGAACGCCACUGACCAGACCAAGUCCUUUUAUGGAAACGAUGUUAAGACAACCUACCAGCUUAUUUCCUGGAUCCUGCACUAUGAGAGCCAGCAGCAGGGCUUUAACCUGGCCGCCAUGCGCGACGCCAAAUUCAAUGAGAACAUAGUGAAGGCUGGCAGCGCAAUCCUGGACGCCAGUAAUAAAGAGCACUGGGAUCAGAUACAGAGAACAGAAGGAGGUACGGCACAUCUGUUGAAAAACUUUGAGGAGUACGCCAACACUGUGGCCCAGAACAUGAGGAAGACCUACCUGAAACCCUUCAUCAUUGUAACCGAGAAUAUGGUUUUUGCAGUGGAUUAUCUAGACGCCAUUUAUCCAGAUGAGGCAAAAAUCCCUCGUUUUCAAACGACUGACCAGGAGUGUCCCAAAGACCUUAAGUCAUCUGUUAUUUUCCCAGAAUUCAGUUUCAGAUCUUCAGAGCAUAAAGUUUCUCCCACAGAUGAUCCAGAAUCUCAGAGCAGCUUGGAUGAAGAGCACGAUCCAGCUACAAACAAGAGGAAAAGGCAUGCUGAGAGUCUGGCACCAUUUCCUGUGGCUGCAGUCAUCAUCUAUAAAUCUCUGGGCCAGCUUCUACCAGAGCACUAUGACCCCGAUCGCCGCAGUCUCAGGCUGCCGAACCGUCCGGCCAUUAACACUCCCAUCGUGAGCACGACUGUGUACAGUGAAGGCGAGCCAUUACACAUUCCUCUGGAGCGACCAAUCACACUGGACUACAACCUUCUGGAGACAGAGGAGAGAACUAAACCAGUAUGUGUGUUCUGGAACCACUCUAUCACUGUUGGUGGCGCAGGUGCCUGGUCUUCUAAAGGUUGUGACCUCAUCUCCAGAAACCACACCCACAUCAGCUGCCAGUGCAAUCACAUGACCAGCUUUGCCGUGCUUAUGGAUAUCUCCAAGAGAGAGCACGGUGAUGUUCUUCCCCUGAAGAUUGUCACCUACACCACAGUCUCCGCCUCUCUUCUGGCGCUCCUCAUCACCUUCAUCCUGCUGGCCAUCCUGCACAAACUACGCUCCAAUCUCCACAGCAUCCACAAGAACCUGGUGGCUGCCUUGUUCUUCUCCGAGCUGGUCUUUCUCAUCGGAAUCAACCAGACUGACAACCCGUUUGUUUGUACGGUAAUAGCCAUUCUUUUGCACUACUUCUACAUGUGCACGUUUGCCUGGACAUUUGUGGAGGGUUUGCACAUUUACCGUAUGCUCACUGAAGUCAGAAACAUCAACCACGGCCACAUGCGCUUCUACUACGCCAUCGGCUGGGGGAUACCUGCUAUUAUUACAGGUUUGGCUGUGGGCUUGGAUCCUCAAGGAUAUGGGAACCCUGACUUCUGCUGGCUGUCCGUCCACGACACCCUCAUCUGGAGUUUUGCAGGACCCAUCGCUUUAGUGGUGCUGGUCAACAUCAUUAUCUUUGUGCUGGCGGCAAAGGCGUCGUGUGGCCGUAGGCAACGUUCCUAUGAAAAGUCUGGAGUCAUUCCUGCUCUGCGGAUGGCCUUUCUGCUCCUGUUGCUCAUUAGCGCCACCUGGCUGCUGGGUUUAAUGGCUGUUAACAGUAAUGUCAUGACCUUCCACUAUCUGUUUGCCAUCUUCAGCUGUCUGCAGGGCAUAUUCAUUUUCCUCUUCCACAUCGUGUUCAAUAAAGAGGUGAGGAAAAAUCUAAAAAACGUUUUCACGGGAAAGAAACCGUUACCUGAUGAGUCCAGCGCCACACGCACCACCCUACUUACACGUACAUUAAACUGUAAUAACACAUACAUGGAGGACGGCACGCUGUACCGCUCUGCCAUCGGCGAGUCGACGGUGUCUCUGGAGAGCACAGUCAGGUCAGCCAAGAGUCACAGCAGCUACCUUACUUACACGCACAGGGAUGAAUUGGGUCAGAAGCCCAGUGUUUCAUCUGGAAAUGCUAAAGCCGGACACACUGACAUUGACGGCUCACUCUUCCGUAACGGCACUAAAGCAGAUGACUCAGAUUCAGACAGCGAGCUCUCUGUGGAUGAACACAGCAGCUCAUACGCCUCCUCUCACUCGUCCGACAGUGAAGAUGAAGACAUGGACAUGAAGCCAAAGUGGAAUAAUGAAAGACAACCAUUACACAGCACUCCAAAGGGUACAAGAGAAGUGGACACUGUGUCCAAUCACGUGAAGCCUUACUGGCCGACUGAAGCCAUGACAGCCAGUGACAGUGAAGAUCCCGCAGGGGCAGAGAGACUGAGAGUGGAGACUAAAGUUAACGUGGAGCUCCAUCAGGAAAAUAAACUCAAUCACACUGGAGAGACCACUCAGGACCAAGACCACCCAACAGCCUCCAUCCAAGCCAACAGCAACCACCAGCCUGAACAGAGGAAGGGGAUUCUAAAGAAUAAGAUCACAUAUCCUCCUCCACUGACAGACAAAAACAUGAAAAACAAACUUAGGGAGAAGUUAUCGGACUACAACCCACCCACCAUCUCCUCCAGAGCGCCUUCUAUAGCCUCUAAUGAUGGGGGCAAUGGUCACAAUGUCCUAAACAAGCCCCCUCAUCGGCUAGCCGUCCCACCACGAGAGCAGCAGAACGGCAUGGCCAUGAAUCUGAGAUCAGGGACCGUUAACGGCGGCAACCAGUCAGACUCUGACGGCAGUAAUGAAACAUCAAUCUGACCCAGCAGGAAACCUGAGGAACUUCUGCCCUCGUGAGGGGAGAAUAUCAGCCCUUGACAGUGGGAGGAAUGUGGAAAAUGACAGUGGAUUACCCAAAGACCCUCCCUAUAGGUGCACCUUGCCCUCCAGCGUGUCCCUGGGGUCCAGGCUCCAUCGGAAAACAGUAUUACUGCAGACGUCUGCCUGUGAAACAAAUGAUAAGGAAAGAAAAGGGAAUGUAUGUAAAUAUGCAAGACAGGGUCAGCGAGGAUAUAUGGAAACUGUGCCAAACCACUAGACGUGGGACUACAACCCUCCCAGCAUGCCGAGCGGCAAGCUCUGACCGAGUGACAGGUGGACUUGAAGAGACACAUAAGACUUUGUGUAAUUUUGUACGUUUUAGCACUAGUGCUUCUUAAAGCUGUGCAAGUGUGGAACUGUGUAGAGACAUUUUCUGAUUAUGAAAAGUAAAUCACGGAAUGCUGAAAUUUUCACCAAGUGCCCGGCUCGGCCUGUCCUCAUUGAGGAGAUCCGUCUCGUAACUAAUAUGUUUCUCAUGUAAUUACUGUGUAGAUAUAUAUUUCUUUGUUUGUUCUUUUGAAAUUGUAAUAUUUUAAGGUCAUUUGUAUAUUGAAAAGCAUUUUUAAUAACAUUUAAUACAAGAUCAUUUUUUAUCCAAUGUGGUUAAAUCAAUAAUGUUUUGUACUUGAUUUGCAGAGUUAAUAAUUUGGGUUUCUAUGGUGCUGUAGUCCCAAAACACAAGACUAAAAGUCUACUGUUCACCUUUGACAAUAUUCAGUGGCGAUGUUUAAUAACGUUUGAACUGUGAAGACAUAGCCCUUAGACUCAAGGAAAUGAAAAUGGAUGUUUUAUUUUGUAAUUAAAUGACAGUUCACGAUUCAUAUUCCAAAGAAACAGCAGAGAAAAAGACUUGCAGGUGUUUUAAAUCAUUUUUUCAUAACAAAAGACACUGGAUUUCUUAUGACAUAGCCGUAUUUAUUUUUUAUGUUUUGAGACACUGGACAAAAAUUGAAGCUGUAAA